GGGACCGGGCCGGGGCCGGGCCAUGGCGAGCGGGGCGCGGGGCGCCUGGAGCGAGUGGCCCGUGGAUCACUUCCUGCGCAGCGGGCACAUCGCGGCCCGGGACGGGGCCGCCGUGCGCUGGUUCCACGCCGCCAACAGCAGGGCCCGGGCGGCGGAGGCCGCGCGAAGCGACGUGCACAUGGUGGAGGUGGAUGUUGUGCUUCGGGGAGGGGACAGGGAGCCCAUCCUGGCUCACCCCCCUGACACCGACAGCGACAUCACCCUGCAGGAGUGGCUGGCGCAGAUGGGCAGCACCAAUAAAGGCAUCAAGCUCGACUUCAAGAGCCUGGCCGCCGUGGGACCCUCUCUGGAGCUGCUGGGGCAGCUGGGGCAGGCCCUGGACAGACCCGUGUGGCUGAACGGGGACAUCCUGCCUGGGCCCUGCGGGAGCUGCGCGCCGCUGGACGCCCGCGCCUUCCUGGGCGCUGUCACCUCCUCCUGCCCCGAGGCCACCCUGUCCCUGGGCUGGACCACAGGCUGCCACCGAGGGCAAGGCUACGAGUGGCCCGCGGUGCAGGAGAUGUGGCGGCUGUGCCAGCCGCUGUCCCAGCCGGUGACGUUCGCGGUCAGGGCUGCGCUGGUGCCCGGCUCCGUCCCGCAGCUGCAGUGGCUGCUGCAGCAGUGCCACAGGUACAGCCUCACUGUUUGGACAGGAAAGGAGGACAUGUAUUCUCUAGAAGACUUGCUUCUCAUCCGAGACAAUUUUGAUAAAACAUUCUGCAGAGAAAACGAAGGCGAGGAGGAAAAAUCCCGAAUUGUUUCCCACCUUUCCCCGGCAGGCAGGAGUCAGCGUCAGGCACUCGGGUCGGGCUGACCGCGCUGUGCUGAAAAGAACAUCGGGGUGGCUGGGAAAUGUCAUGGAUUAAGGCUUCAGAGAUAACACAAGUGCAUCUCUGCUCCACAAGUGGAGCCACAGGAAGCUUCCGGCAGGUGGGAAGAGCCUCUCUCGCACCACACUCUGGACAAAUUUAGCUGUAUUGGAUUAAAUCGAAGUAACUGUGCCCAUUUUCUUGUACAGAGGCAGCCUGAGAAACACUUCUGAGUGAGUACCUUUUGCAAUGACUCAUCAUUUCCUGAGUAGUGAAUAAAAGCAUGUGCUUAUUUCCAUGUUCCCUCUGAGGGGGGAAAAAUAACUUUUAUUUAUUCAGCAUAACAACAGCAAGAGAACAAAGCUUCUUCCUUUGAAGGUCACUUGUAACAGUAACACAAGCAAUAACAUGAACACUUCACACUACUUUGCAUCACAAUUAAUCACAAAAUACCAGUAACACUACCAAAAAACUUCCCUUUUCAAGACGCUUGCUACUUCCCUCCAUUGUCUGAGCACUUCAUAGAAAAAUUACGGUUUCAUUUAAGGGAGCCAUAGUCCCAUAUAGAUAAUUAAUUUUCAAAUCAAAACAGCAUAAAUGGGGCUUUAUACCCUCAGCAAAUAUACCAGUUAGAACACUUGGUGAUAGUCAAUUUCUUCUAAGAAAGAAAUUUUCUUUUAAAGAUCUAUUUUCCCCUUCAAAUAUUUAAACUUCAUGGUGAGAUGAACAGAUGAGAACUUGCCAUUUCCUUUUGUAUUAUCAUCAAAACAUUUGGAAAGUGUAUUCUGUGUAGGGACUAAUUUGUAUUCAGUUAAUACUGGCAUUUGUUGUUCCACGUAAUUUCUGGAUCAUAAAAAUAUGUCCACAUAAUUCUUUUUUUUACCUGGUGUGCACAGGGCCUGAUCCAGGAAAAUCUCCUGAAGGAAAAGGCAGAACCUGAAUGGAAACAAAUACUCUCAAAAAGUUAUUUACACAGUGUAUAUGUUUGUAAUCCCCUUUAAAUGGUUUAAUGUUUAGAAUCCCCAUUAAAUUGUUUUAUGGUGAUGAUCCCCAUUAAAUAUUUUUAUGUUUGUGAUCCCCUUCAAAUUGUUUUAUGUCUCCGAUCCUCUCUAAAUUGGUUUAUGCUUAAGAUCCCCUUAGCACUGUUUUAUACUUAAGAUCCCCGUUAAAUUGUCUCCUACUAAGUGCAAAGCUACAUAACAUUACAGGCUUUUUUUAGGCAAUGUCAGAUAUGGUGAACUUUGACUGAAGCUGCAACAUACCCACUGAGUAUUUUCAGGAAAUAAAUACCUCAUUUCAGUAUACUGAAAUUCACAUUACACAGACACAAUUCCAGUACAACUAAUUUCUGUAAGUUACAACAAAAUAGAACACAUUCACUUUUUCUCAUCAUUUAGAAGAUGAGAUCUAAAUGCUAAAUGCAAUACCAGAAAUCCAGCAUCUAUGGGAUGCACACAAAGACAAGGGAGAUACUUGGAAUCACAAGACACUAAAGGAAAGAAAGAUUUUUAGAUAGAGAUACUUAAAAACACACAGUAGCUCGGAGGCUGCAGAGGACGGCAUUCCACUUGUGGGAAAUUCUGCCCUCUGUUUCCAAUGAGACAAAAUGUGGGUUUCCAUCUCCCAGGUGAGUUUCAUAAUUAGACUCACAGGGACCACAGAGUGGUUUGGUUGGAAACCAUCUGAAAUAAAAGGCCAUCUCAUUCCAAGGUCCCUGCCAUGGCAGGGACACCUUCCACCAGACCAGGGGGCUCCAAGCCCCUGGAGCACUCCCAGGGAUGGGGCAGCCACAGCUUCUCUGGGGAAACUGUGCCAGGGCCUCACCUUCCCUGAAGCUGUGGGUUUAUCCUUUUUGGGUUUGUCUGAGCGGGAGGACAGAGCUCUUCCCUGCUCCCAAAUGUGUGUGUGUGCAGUGCCCCUGCUCGUGCAGACACCCUGGGUGUGUCCCGGUGUCGCACCCCGGUUGUCACUGGGGCAGAUUGCCCAGCCUGCCGGCCAGGUCUCUCUCUGGGGGCUCCAGAGCUGCAGGCGGCUACAGAGCCCGUUCCAGGUGAGGCUCUGCCCCCGCAGCCUCGCUUUUCCCAAGGGAGCGGAUUCCGGAGGCUGCCCGGGGACAGCCUGAGCGGGGCUGGCUUGUGGCACACCCCGGGCAGGUCACUCGCCCUGCGGGCUCCCGGCAGCGCGGCAGAGCGCCGGGGCUGCCACCGCCGGCUCCCGGGGCCAGCCGGGCUCCGGAGAAGGCUGCCAGCCCGCAGCCGCGGUUCUGCGGGCUGCACAGCCCGGCGACAGCAGUGUCACCAGCUCUGACGUGUCUGCGAGGCUGCUGCGGCCAGCAGACACCGCCGGC